CGACGAGCAAAAAGUGUACGAAAAAAAACCCACACCACACACCACACCAUACAACACCAACUAUUGUCAAUGGGGACUUGUGUUUCUUUCGUUUUCGUGCAACAUUUCUCUGCGUUGGACCCAGCACUUGGUCUCCAGCCAGCGACGGCAACGGUUGGGUGUACGGAUCGCAUUUUGAGUAUCUCUUUGACACAAGGAUCGGGAUCGAUUAAACAUGUUUACCAUAACAAACUGGAAGUUGGCAAUUAGCUGGUGCAUUAUCGAUGUGGUGUGUGUGCUGUCAGGCUCCUCCCAUGGCGCCUAUACGCGAGAGAUUGUGAACGAUAAGCCACCGCUGCAGGAGAGACCACCCUGGCUACUAACCUGCAAACGUUCCAAUCCCAAUGAAGACAAGUGCUUCCGGCAGCUGUUCUUCCAGCUGUUUCCAGCGCUGGCCGCUGGCAUACCAGAGAUCGGUGUCAAGAGCUUCGAGCCGCUGAACAUCGAUCAGGUGUCCGUGUCGAAGGGCAGUGGGAAUCUGGUGCUCUCCGGGGGAUUCCAAAACCUGGUCAUACGCGGACCUUCCAAUGCGACUGUGCGCAGAGCCAGUUUGGAUCUGGAGCGUCGCCUUCUGAGCUUUGAGCUGGUGCUGCCGCGUCUGCGGAUACGGGCCAAGUAUAAUUUGAAGGGAAACAUUCUGCUGCUGCCGCUGAUUGGCAACGGGGAUGUGGCCAUGGCCCUGAAGAAUGUGCACACCACCGUCUACACGAGGAUCUCGCUGCGCAACGAGACGCAGACGGGUGACGAGAUCAUCCACAUUGACGAGAUGAAGGUGAGCUUUGAGGUGGGAGCGAUGCGCAUCCAUCUGAAGAACCUGUUUAAUGGCAACGACAUCCUGGCCGCCUCGAUCAACACGUUCCUCAAUCAGAACGGCAACGAGGUGAUUGCCGAGCUGCGGCCGGACCUGGAACUGGGCCUGGCCGACAUUUUUCACGGCCUAUGGAACAAUGUCUUCUCCAAGCUGCCCACCAAGCUGUGGCUGGUAUAGAUCCAGCUCUAGCUCUCUAGCGUAUUAUUAUGAUAAUUUAUUUCGCCUCCAACCGGGAGCGUGUGUGUCUAUCGCUAGGUUAACUUUUGCACUACGAUUAAAU